AGCACUUCUCCUGUACUGAGUGUGGGAAAUGUUUCAACUUUAAAUCCAAUCUUAGUAGGCAUAAAAGAUCUCACACGGGGAGAGAAGCCAUAUUCCUGUCCUGAGUGUGGGAAAUGUUUUUCAGAUAAGUACAGUCUGCGCACACAUCAGAGAUCUCACAUGAAAUGUUUUUCAGAUAAGUCCAGUCUGCACACACAUCAGAGAUCUCACACGGGGGAAAAGCCGUUUUCCUGUCCUGAGUGUAGGAAAUGUUUUUCACAGAAGUCUAAUCUUCAUAGUCAUCAGAGAUCUCACACGGGGGAGAAGCCGUAUUCCUGUCCUGAGUGUGGAAAUGUUUUUUCACAAAAGUCCCAUCUUUUCAGACAUCAGAGAUCUCACACGGGGAAGAAGCCAUAUUCCUGCCCUGAGUGUGGGAAAUAUUUUUCACAGAAGUCCCAUCUUUUCAGACAUCAGAGAUCUCACACAGGGGAGAAGCCAUAUUCCUGUCCUGAGUGUGGGAAAUGUUUUUCACAGAAGUCCAGUCUUUCCAAACAUCAGAAAUCUCACAUGGGGGAGAAGCCACUUUCCUGUCCUGAGUGA